AUGGAACCCAAAGAGCCUUUUCACGGCUACGAGCGAUCCCUGCCCGUGCAGUCUCGGCCACCUCCGGCGCCAUGGCCGGCCAGCGAUCCGACCCCCCACAUGGACCCUUAUACCGUUGCUCCUCAUCCCGCCACCCUCAUCCCGACAGAAAUCCCCACAACAACAUCAAUUGCGCAGCCUCCAGCGCCGGAAUCAGCGCCAACCUCAAUUUCCAAACCCCUUCCCACCGGCAUUAGUGAUCAAAAUGCACCCUCGAAGGUCCGCAAGCCUCGCAAGGCGGCCAACACGUCGGGAAAGUCGACUUUAUUCUGGGUCAAUACGGACUCGGAGACUGCGUCUGCGGGGACAAAGGAGGAAACAUUGAAACGCAUUCGAUCGCAUGUUAUGUCAGAGCAUAACCGGAAGAAGCGCUUGGAGAAUACCAAGCGAUACAAAGGCAAGACAUUUAAGCAUCUGCCCUUUCAACCGCCAGAACAAAUUCCGGGAGGUGUGGGACCGCCCCGGCCAAUGAUCCCCUCGCCCUCAGUGUCGUCGUCAAAGGCGAGCUCCAGUAGUAGCCGUAAGGCCUCACAAGUCUCGGAAGAAGAUGCGGCUCAGGAAUUGGUUCCUACGACACAAGCCAUGGGCCAUUACACGCCUGUCUCGUCGACCGAAAUGUGGGAAGAGACUGGAUUCGAUGGAGUUGUGGGUUAUCAGAACGGAUCGGCGGCGUCCCAUAUAUGGAGUCCUUUAGGACAAGGAGCUCAUGAUCCGUUCAAUACUGGACAUACAAAGCUUACGGACCGCAUGAUGCGGCAUCUUCAUAAUUUCCUCUGGGAUUUGACGCAAGAGGCACAUCCACUGCAGAGCCGUUAUAAGCCUAAGCUGCAGGCGCAUUGGGCCUCUUUGAUUCAGCGGGACCCUGCUACUCUACACGCGACCAUCUGCAUGUCCACUUCUAAUGCGGCCAUGCAGAGAGGUGAGUUGCCUCUUAGAGACCCUGAUGCAAAAGUAUGGCGUCCUCCUCUUGUAGUCGAUACAAUUCAUCAUCGCGGCGAGACCAUUCGCCUAGUCAAUGAGGGUUUGUCAGACCCCGUUAGGGCUGGUAGUGAUGAGCUUAUUGCUGCCGUGUCAACUUUAUUGACCAUUGAGAUUGCCUCCGGCAACGCCGACUAUAUGAAGAUUCAUCUGGCGGGCUUGCGACAGAUGAUCGCAUUGCGCAAUAGCUUUGCGGAUGUUCCCUCGGAUAUCCGCUUCCAAAUUUCAUGGACUGAUAUUCGAGUCGCUUGCAUGCGAAUGGAAAAGCCCAUUUUCCCAUUUGUCCGAUCUGUGCGCCCAGAAGGGUUCACCCUCCUCCCACCCAGUGACGAUGCUGCAUUGACAGCAACCCGCCUGGUCCCCCUAAUCGAGAUCCCCGGAAUUUUCAGCGAAACAUUUGCCAAAAUUAUCUAUGACCUCCACGAACUCUGCUGGUAUGCGGAAUGGGUCAAGGGUAACAACGGACACAAAGACUUCGGCGAAGAAGUCGAAGAUUAUUUCAACUUCGAGGUACUGUCUGUAGAGUACUCCUUGCACCUAGACCGAUAUCUUCCAACCGGUGAAGCCAAGGGUGACAACUCCAUCGAAGGCUGCUGCCGCCUAGCUUGUCUAUGCUUUCACAACAGCGCCAUCUGGAGCUUCUACCCUCUGAUAGCUCCGCUGCUUCCCAUGCCCAUAUUAUGCCUCCGCGCCGCCCUGGAGGCGACCAUUGCAUCUGGAUUGUUCGCACUGUGUCGUGACCUGCUGAUCUGGUUACUUUUCAUUGGUGCUUCGUGCAGCCAAGUCAUGCCUGCCGAGCGUACCUAUUUCGUUAACGAGCUGGCGGCCGCUACCCGUCUACAUGGCGUGACUUCCUGGCAGGAGUGCCGAGAUAUCCUUCUCGGAUUUUUCUACACCGACCGUGUCCACCUGCCUAUGCUGCGCCAGAUCUGGCAGGAGGUCCGGGUGCGGCAGGCGGAGUCACCCGAUGUGUGA